CUUGCCAUCAAGAACAUAGCAUGUGAGUGAGCUUGUGCAAGUGUUAUAUAAAUGAUCAAAGAUGAUGGGAAAUGAAAGGAAACACAAAAAUCAUUGGGGUGCAUAGUAUUCCAGACUCUAGCUUUAUAAAGCUGUAGCCUCUAUGUUCAUCUAAUCUUUUCUUCUUUAAAACACCACCAAGCAUUGAACAAAUUCUUUGUGCUUUAUUCUCCAUUAGUCCCAUAGCCAAGCCAUGUUUCACCACUUUCCCAUCCUCUUUUGGUCUCACUUGCUUCUCUUUUCACCUCCAUUAUCACUCCAAUCACCACCACCAACCAUCCCAGCAUUCAUCGAGCAAUCCGACGUCUCCUCAGCCUGCACCUUGCGUUUCUCUGACGACCUUUUCACAGGCAUCAACGAUGCCUGUGCUGCUACCAAAACCAAACUCAACUCACCUCAGCUGCACCGUAGCCGCUGCUGCCCUGUUCUGGCAGCCUGGCUGUACACGGCCUACUCGGACACUGCCCUGGGAAGGAUUAGUCAUGUGCCCGAGAAGACAUCAGAUCUCCCAAUGCUCCCUGAUGAGUCAGAGACUUGUGUCAAGAAUCUCGAAAAAGGGCUGACAAACAAAGGGAUGAAACUAGUAAAACCUAAUGAGACUUGUGAUCUGGUAUACUGCUAUUGUGGGAUUACACUUCACCCCUUAAGCUGUCCAGAGUCAUUUUUUGUUUCGCAAAAAACUGGUAAACUUGUCGGUGAUUCUACCGUGAAGAAGCUCGAGAAAAAUUGUUUAAGUACUGAUCCUAAUGGCCUUAUUGGUCUUGAUGGAUGUUCCAAGUGCUUAAACACUCUCCACCUGCUUAAUGAGAAUAAGACCAGCAAUUCAAGUAAAUCCGAAGAAAGAAACGAUAAAAUGCACAACAGAGAUUGCGAGCUCAUGGGACUAACAUGGCUCCUUGCAAAGAACCGAUCAGCGUACAUCCACACAGUUUCAUCGGUCCUCAGAGCAAUUAUGAUGAGCAAGGACGGUUCCAGUCCUCAGUCAUGCAGUCUUAACAGCGACGGAAUGCCCCUAGCGGUGAACUCCUUUGAGAUCAACAGUCAGCCCUCCAUUCCUCGUCUCAUGUCACCAGUUUAUCUUUUAGUUACAACACUGUCAUUGUCUUACAUGGCCUCCGUGUAUAAUUUAGAAAUUUGGUAGGUUCAUUCAUUUCAUUUCGCCAUUCAGCUUUCAUUUAGUUAUUAGUAACUUAGAGAAUGUAAUUCUUUUCGUUGUACAAUAUGGUGAUCAAUGAGUAGCUAUGUUAUGCGAC